UGCACACAACCACGCACUAUCACUCGUCCUCCUAAAACCCUGACAUUGAGAAACCUCACAGCACCUCAACUUAACUCAAGCUCUGCCGAGUGCACUUUACGUCAGCUGAGUUUAAACUUAGGCGAUUCGUACGUCAUGCAAGUGCUCUCCAACGUGCGUCGACUCAGUAGAGUCUUGAAACCUUCGAGUCUCCUAAGCUCUCCCGAGAUACAAAUCUUCAUUUCAUCUAAUUGUUGUCACCAACAGUGGCUUCACCGCAAUAAUUUCUCUUCUUAUCCUUCCUGCUUCUCAGGGAUGAUUCAAGGAAAUCAUUUGGAAACAUCAACGGACUCACUGCAUUCAAUGUUGACAUCACGGGCUUACUUUUCAACGGAGACAAAAAGCAUUGAGUGCAAUCCCUCAGAGACUGUGAAGGAGCUAUAUGAUAAGAUGCUGGAAUCUGUGAAGGUUAAAAGUUCAAUGUCCCCAAACGCUUGGUUGUGGUCAUUGAUUGAAAACUGUAAAAACGGUGAUGAUAUCAAGCUUCUAUUUGACAUUUUGGAGAACCUCCGCAGAUUUAGACUGUCGAAUCUUCGCAUUCAUUCUAAUUUUAAUUGCAAUCUUUGCCGGGAAGUUGCUAAGGCAUGUGUUCGUGUAGGAGCCAUUGAUUUUGGAAAGAAGGCUUUGUGGAAGAAUAACGUGUAUGGAUUGAGUCCUAGUGUUGCAUCUGCCCAUCAUUUGCUGUCAUUUGCUAAAGAUCACAAGGAUGCUAAACUCAUGGUGGACGUAAUGAAACUUUUGAAACGCAAUGGUUUACCAUUACAACCUGGAACAGCAGACAUUGUUUUCAGAAUUUGCUACGACACUAAUGAUUGGGACUUGAUCUCCAAGUAUUCCCAAAAAUUUAUCAAGGCUGGGGUAAAGCUGCGGCAAACCACAUUCAACACUUGGAUGGAAUUUGCUGCCAAAAGAGGAGACACUGAGGCACUGUGGAAUAUCGAGAAGCUGAGAUCUGAGUCCAUAAAGCAGCAUACUCUUGCGACUGGGUUUUCAUGCGCUAAGGGUCUUUUACUAGAAGGGAAGCCCGAGGAAGCUGCUGCUAUUAUUCAACUUCUUAACCAGACUUUAUCUGAUGCGAAGAAGUCAAGUAUUAUGGAUGAACUUCAUAAGCUGAUAAAUGAGUGGCCUUUGGACGUUUUAAAGCAUCAAAAAGAGGAGGGAAAGAAGGCAUUGGCUACUGCCUUCAAAUCUGAUAUACCUGCCAUGGUUACCGCUCUUUCAAAUAGGGGCUUAGAGGUGAGUGUAAAUUUAGAACACUUGACUAGUCUAUGAAAGUGAAGUGCGUAAUGGCCAGAGAAAGGGCUCUUCAAUAAUUGCACCCUUUACAAAUGACACUUAUAAACUCCCCAAUUACUUGCUGACUCCUCCACAAAGAUUUCGUUUACUCUUUCCUUCCUGGAUGUAAUUCAUUAGAAUCAUCCAACUUAGACACAGCUUUUGUUCGGUUACAAGGUAAUUAAUUCUUAGAAUAUUUAUGGAGUCGAAUCUAGUUUCACUUUGAAUGAUUUUGUGUGACAUUCAUUUCAUAUCAAUCUUUGGGGUGGCUUUUUGACUUUGGACUUCCCCCUUGGAUAAUCUUAUAAAUGAUAAGAGUUGACGGUGAUUGCUCCAUCA